CCGCCACCGGCCGCCGCCGCCACCGGCCGCCCUCCCGCCCGGCUCCUCCGGCCGCCGCCGCUUCGCUGCGCUGCGCUGCCUGCGCCCAGGGCUCGGGAGGGGGGCGCGGAGGAGCCGCCCCUCGCGCCCGGCCCCCGACCGCCGCGCCCGGGCCCGCGCCAUGGGGCUCUGGCUGCCGCCGCCCCCAGCGCCGCCGGGCUAGGACGAUGCGGGCGCCCCAGGCGCGCGGCCCCCGCGGGCACUAUGAGCCCCCUGCUCCGCCGUCUGCUGCUCGCCGCGCUCCUGCAGCUGGCCCCCGCCCAGGCCCCUGUCUCCCAGCUUGAUGCCCCUGGCCACCAGAAAAAAGUGAUGUCAUGGAUAGACGUGUAUGCUCGUGCCACCUGUCAGCCACGGGAAGUGGUGGUGCCCCUGACUGUGGAGCUCAUGGGCACUGUGGCCAAACAACUGGUGCCCAGCUGUGUGACUGUGCAGCGCUGUGGGGGUUGCUGCCCUGACGAUGGCCUGGAGUGUGUGCCCACUGGGCAGCACCAAGUCCGAAUGCAGAUCCUCAUGAUCCGGUACCCGAGCAGUCAGCUGGGGGAGAUGUCCCUGGAAGAGCACAGCCAGUGUGAAUGCAGACCAAAAAAAAGACAGAGUGCAGCGAAGUUGGACAGGGCUUCCACUCCCCACCAUCGUCCCCAGCCCCGCUCAGUUCCGGGCUGGGACUCUGUCCCCGGAGCACCCUCCCCAGCUGACAUCACCCAUCCCACUCCAGCCCCAGGCCCCUCUGCCCACGCUGUCUCCAGCACCGCCAGCGCCCUGACCCCCAGACCUGCCGUUGCCACUGCAGACGCCGCAGCUUCCUCCGUUGCCAAGGGCGGGGCUUAGAGCUCAACCCAGACACCUGCAGGUGCCGGAAGCUGCGAAGGUGACACAUUGCUUUUCAGACUCAGCGAGGCCACUUACCUCACAGGCCACACCCCAGAGGGGGAAAAGAAGGCAGCCUGGUGAGAACAGCCCAGCUCCCAAGACUUCAGCUCAAGCGGAAGCUGCUCCAGGUCCGGAGUCUCAGAGACUGCCAUCGAGCAGGGUGGGCAGAGUUGGACCAGGAGCCUUGGAAGGCAGCAAAAGGGGUCACAUACAACUUAGGAGAAUGGGGUCUCAUCUCAAUUUUUAACCGCCCUGUGCAACAGAGCAUCUUACAACUGGCUCCUCCCUCCUCUCCAGAGACCCUGAUACUGAGCAGAUAAUGGGAGUUGGGCUUUGGUGUGAGACUUGUGACCCCAAUCCUGAUAAAAGAGAUGGAAGGCACUGUCCCUGCCUGUGUCACCGUU